GUCACUCACUACUCACCAUGUGGCGCUGCGGCGGGCGGCGUUCGCUGGGCGCGCUGUGGCGGCUGAAAAGCGGUUCUGCACACCACUCGGUAUGCCGGUGGAAGAGCCAGCCAGCUUGUGAGAGAGCCCUGCAGUAUAAAGUGGGCGAAAAGAUCCAUGGCUUCACCGUCAACCAGGUCACACCUGUCCCUGAGCUCUUCCUGACUGCAGUGAAGCUCAGCCAUGACAACACAGGAGCUAGAUAUUUACAUCUGGCGAGAGAAGACACCAAUAAUUUGUUCAGUGUACAGUUUCGAACGACUCCAAUGGAUAGUACUGGUGUUCCUCAUGUUCUUGAACAUACAGUCCUUUGUGGUUCUCAGAAAUACCCGUGCAGAGAUCCAUUCUUCAAAAUGCUGAACAGGUCAUUAUCCACUUUCAUGAAUGCCUUCACAGCUAGUGAUUACACUCUGUAUCCAUUUUCCACACAAAAUCCCAAGGAUUUUCAGAACCUGCUGUCCGUUUAUUUGGAUGCAACAUUUUUUCCAUGCCUGCGGGAGCUAGACUUCUGGCAGGAAGGAUGGCGACUAGAGCAUGAGAAUCCAAGCGACCCCCAGACGCCGUUGAUCUUUAAAGGAGUUGUCUUCAAUGAGAUGAAGGGAGCAUUUACAGAUAAUGAGAGGAUAUUCUCACAGCAUCUUCAGAACAGACUUCUUCCUGACCAUACAUAUUCAGUGAUUUCCGGUGGUGAUCCAUUAUGCAUCCCAGAGCUCACGUGGGAACAGCUAAAAGAAUUCCAUGCUACUCACUAUCACCCAAGUAAUGCUAGGUUCUUCACGUAUGGCAAUUUUCAAUUAGAACAGCACCUGAAACAAAUUCAUGAAGAAGCACUGAGUAAAUUUCAGAAAAUCGAGCCAAGCACUUCAGUGCCACCCCAGAAGCCCUGGGACAAGCCUAGGGAAUUUCAGAUAACAUGUGGCCCGGAUUCAUUUGCUACGGAUCCUUCUAAACAAACGACAAUCAGCGUUAGCUUCCUCUUACCAGAUAUCACUGACACGUUUGAAUCCUUCACAUUAAACCUUCUGUCUUCCCUGUUGGUGUCCGGCCCCAACUCUCCCUUUUACAAGGCCUUAAUAGAAUCUGGACUUGGCACAGACUUUUCUCCUGAUGUUGGUUACAACGGCUACACGAGGGAGGCCUACUUCAGCGUCGGCCUGCAGGGCAUUGCAGAGAAAGACAUCCAGACUGUUCGAAACCUUGUGGACAAAACAAUUGAUGAAGUAGUUGAGAAGGGAUUUGAAGAUGAUCGAAUUGAAGCUUUACUGCAUAAAAUUGAAAUACAGAUGAAGCACCAGUCCACCAGCUUCGGGCUUGCCCUGACUUCAUACAUUGCCUCCUGCUGGAAUCAUGAUGGGGACCCCGUGGAGCUCCUGAAGAUAGGGGACCAUCUGGCUCAAUUCAGGCAGUGCCUGAAGGAAAAUCCUAAAUUUCUACAGGAAAAAGUGAAACAAUAUUUUAAGAAUAAUCAGCACAGGCUGACCUUAUCAAUGAAUCCGGAUGACAAAUAUUAUGAGAAGCAAGCACAAAUGGAAGCAGAAAAACUGAAGCAAAAGGUCAAUUCUCUGUCUCUCAAAGACAAGGAGCAAAUCUAUGAAAAAGGCUUAGAAUUACGAACACAACAAAGUAAGCCUCAGGAUGCCUCUUGUCUGCCAGCAUUGAAGGUUUCGGACAUCGAGCCCACCAUGCCUUUCACUAAGUUGGACGUAGCCCUGGCAGCUGGAGAAGUCCCUGUGCAGUACUGUGCCCAGCCCACCAACGGCAUGGUCUAUUUCCGAGCCUUUUCGAAUUUAAACACACUCCCUGAGGAGCUGAAGCCCUACGUGCCACUCUUCUGCAAUGUCCUUACCAAGCUGGGCUGUGGCAUUCUUGACUACAGAGAACAAGCUCAGCAAAUCGAACUGAAAACGGGAGGCAUGACUGUCACCCCUCACGUGCUCCCUGACGACUCCCACCUGGACACCUAUGAGCAGGUAGGUGUGCUGUUUUCAUCUCUCUGCUUGGAGCGAAACCUACCAGACAUGAUGCAUCUGUGGAGUGAAAUAUUUAACAACCCGUGUUUUGAAGAAGAAGAACACUUCAAAGUCUUAGUUAAAAUGACUGCUCAGGAACUCUCCAACGGCAUUCCAGACUCGGGGCAUCUCUAUGCAUCCGUCCGAGCCAGCAAGAUGCUCACGCCUGCGGGGGACUUACAGGAGACCUUCGGAGGGAUGGAUCAGGUGAGGCUGAUGAAGAGAAUCGCAGAAAUGACAGACAUGAAGCCAGUCCUGAGAAAGCUCCCACGUAUCAAAAAACAUCUGUUAAAUUGUGAUAAUAUGAGGUGUUCAGUGAAUGCUACUCCUCAGCAGAUGUCUCAGGCAGAAAAAGAAGUAGAAAAGUUCCUUGGAAACAUAGGUCGAAGUAAGAAGGAACGAAAACCCGUGCGCCCGCAUGUGAUUGAGAAACCAGCACAUAGUGGCUUGAGUGGGAAUACCCAUGUUAAUGGCUCCCAGAUCAUAAGAAAGCUGAUCACAGACCCCACUUUCAAACCUUGCCAGAUGAAGACACAUUUCCUGCUGCCUUUUCCAGUGAAUUACGUUGGUGAAUGUGUUAGAACCGUGCCCUAUACAGAUCCAGAUCAUGCCAGCCUUAAGAUCCUUGCACGUUUGAUGACUGCGAAAUUCCUGCACACAGAAAUUCGAGAAAAGGGGGGUGCUUAUGGUGGAGGUGCCAGACUCAGCCAUAAUGGAAUCUUCACUCUUUAUUCUUACAGGGAUCCCAAUUCAGUAGAAACGCUCCAGUCCUUUGGGAAGGCUGUCGACUGGGCUAAAGCUGGGAAAUUCACACAGCAGGACAUUGAUGAAGCCAAACUCUCAGUUUUCUCCACCGUCGACGCCCCUGUUGCUCCUUCAGAGAAAGGAAUGGACCACUUCUUGUAUGGGCUCUCGGAUGAGGUGAAGCAGGCACACAGGGAACAGCUGUUUGCUGUCAGCCACGACAAACUGACUGCCGUGAGCAACAAGUACCUUGGGAUUGGGAGAAGCACACACGGAAUGGCCAUCCUGGGACCAGAGAAUCCAAAGAUUGCUAAGGAUCCAUCAUGGAUAAUAAGAUAACUGGACAUAAAGCUGUACUCAGGAAAUCAUUUGAAUUUCAAAGGUCAGAAAUGUUACUGCAGUUUCCAAACACCCUUAUUUAUAUGCUUCUUAAAACUGUGUCAAAGGUAUUGACUGACAGAGCCAACAAAAAAUUCUGCUAUCUUAAAGUAGGAUAUGACCAUAAAGAAACUGGUCGAAAUAAUCAUGUAGCAAAUGCCAAAUAUGCAAAUUAAAUUUUUAAAAUGUUCUCGACAAUACAUAUUCUUAUUUUGUUACUCAUCCUAGAAUUGUUUCAGAAAUUUAAGAAUAAAAGGAAACU